GACAGUUCUCAUAAACAUUCGGUUAAUGUUCAAUUUGUUAUUUCCCACCUAACUACGGGAGUUUCCUAAUGUAACGUCUGUCAGUAUAUUUGAUACUCGCAAUGUUUGCUGAUGGAACAUGAUAGUUUAAAAGCCUCGUGCUGGGAUUGGCCGGACAAUGUUCGCGUUGUAUGAUGCGCGGCGCGGCGCAUGACGAUGCGGAAAGUGCCUCAGUCGUCAGUCGUAUGAUGAGGACCUCUCUAGGCUGCAGGUGGGCUGUCUUCGGCGUAGUAGUGCUCCUACUGCUAGCAGUCGGUGUUCCUGUCGUCGUACUGAUGGUGCCAGCAGACAGUGGAGGUCUACCGUGUCACUUAGACCUCAGCGUGCCUCUGGUGAACGCCACCUUCCAUGCGGGAGGUGCUGUGUCGUCCUCAGGGAUACUGUACCCUGAGGGACAUCACUUCAGCGUCAACGGAACUCUCCGAGGAUGUAUUUGCUCCUUGAAACCUUGCAUCAGAAAGUGUUGUGAGAGAAACGAACAUUACGUAGCGAGACGUACCUGUGGUGUCAAUACGGACGUGGACAUGAGCAACUUCUCUCUGACAGUGUACACGGAGCACGGAGUUGUCGUCGAGGUACCGGUGACCGAGUUCGCGGUACUCUAUGGAACCGUGUGCUACGACGGAAUGUUCCCCUUGGACCCGUCAUCGCCCCAAGACAGACAUUACUUGUUGGAAGACGGAAGAGUUCUCAGAUUCAAAUCGGAACACGAAGAAGUGUACCUGGAUGCCACGAGGUAUUGUCUCGACUCUAUCAAAGGCUCGAGUGUCGUACGCACGUUUGUGUGCGUGGCUCCUAUCGAAGACCGAGAUACGAAGAUCAGCUUUGCUAUCUACCCGAUCAUGCUGUCCAUAUCUACGUUGUUUUUGCUGUUGACAUUCCUAGUUUAUUGUGCAAUCCCAAAACUUCGAAACUCUCAGGGGAAGUGUCAAAUGUGUUACAUAUCAUUCCUCUUUGUAGCCUAUGCUGGACUGACCGUGUCAAACUUGAAGGUAGCCGUUGGAGUUUGGUGUGUUGCUUGUGGAAGUGAGGGCUCAGGUAGGAUGGCCCGCAAGUUGGGCGCGGGGUCGGUAGAUCAGAAGAGACAACGGGAACUGAAUAGGAUUUACAAGAUCUCGGGAUGUGUCGUCGUCGUGAUAGUUGUGAUGAUCGCAGUGCCUGUGUAUUAUCACAUGAGAGAUACGCCACCAGUCACUUACCCUUGCCACAUAGACCUCAGUGUUCCGCUGCUCAGUCCACAGUUCUACAGUAAUGGGUCGGUGGUGGACCACGGAGACGUUUAUCCCACAGGGUUUUACUUUACCGUCAACGGAACUACUCGGGGAUGUCUCUGCGCGUUGAAUCCUUGCAUCAGAAAAUGCUGCGCCAAAGACGAGUACAUGGUGAAAGUCCCGAUGCGUCAGGCACGUUGUGAGAAAAAUCCGGAACCUUCCCCGUUUGACAACUUUACCCUUCCGGUGUAUCAGAGUCCGGGCAACUUUGCGGACGUGGCUCAAGACCACUUCCGUAUACUGUACGGAGACGUUUGUCGUCACGAUAAGUUCAUGUUGAUGCCGGAGACGCAGCCUCAGGACCAGUACGAUCUGAUGGUGGACGGUAGAAUCCAUCUGGAAAACAACUACAUAGACGCUUCUGGUUACUGUCUUGAGUCGCUGAACGGCAGUGAGGAGAUCAGGACCCUCGUGUGUUUCCCGGACCAGGACGAGGACCCCGAGACCAAAGCAAUGUUCACUGUAUAUCCGAUCGGUAUGAUCAUCUCCAUCCCCUUCAUGGUAGUAACCUUCCUAGUCUACUCCGUACUGCCUGAACUACGCAAUCUCCACGGGAUAUCCCUCAUGUGUCACUCUGCGGUCCUUCUCACUGCUUAUCUCUUCCUCUCCAUCAUUCAGAUCAGCAGAAAUGCCCUCAAUACAACUCUGUGCACUUCGUUUGCGUUCGUUGUGCAGUUCUCAUUCUUGGCGUCUUUCUUCUGGCUGAACGUUAUGUGUUUUGACAUUUGGUUGGUCUUCAGUAACAUGAAGCCAGUCCAGGGCAGGCAACAAAGGAAGUUUCUGUACUACUCUCUAUAUGCUUGGGGAGUGCCUAUGUUCAUUGUGGGAGUCUCCAUAGCCAUGGACAUGAUACCUGGAGUGCCUGACACUUGGAUCAAGCCUCGGUUCGGGGAGCAAAAAUGCUGGUUUGCAGACAACAACGGAACACUGCUGUACUUCUAUUUGCCCAUUGCAGUGGUGGUGGUGACUAACUUGGUGAUGUUUGUGUCUACUGCUAUCAGACUUAGAGCUCAUACAAAGACCACCAAAGUGUUGCACUCGAGUGAGAGCCGCAGGACCAAUGAGAGUGAUAGAGACAGAUUUCACCUAUACUUGAAGCUGUUCAUCAUAAUGGGUAUCAACUGGGUCAUGGAACUUGUUUCAUUUUUUGUCGGAGGACCAAAGUCUGUCUGGUUUGUGACUGAUCUAGGCAACACACUGCAGGGUGUUCUCAUAUUCAUCAUAUUUGUCUGCAAGCGCAGGAUUUUGAGGCUACUGAAUGAGAAGCUGUGUCCGAAAUGGCAAAUCAUCAGAGAUACUUCAAUGGUUGGGAGAUCAAAGGUCAGCCCCAGUAGGACUAACUCCACAACUGUCUCUAAAACCACAUCUGACUUACAGGAUAGUGUGGCUCUCAAACCUAUAGCUCGCGGAAACCAAGGCGAGAGCGAUGAGUAGAAAGCCAAUACCCCAACAUGGUACUAGAUACCUUAAUUGAGCCAAUCACGUAACAAAGGUGUUCAUUUACCAAAGAGGUGUUCUUGGAGGGUUACAGAUUUAUGUAUGAUAUCAUGACAGAAUGUUAGCAUUAAGUUUGUUUGUACAUAUUGUUUAUAAUUUUAGAACUAAUUAAUUACCUUUGACUUUUCUAUUUUAUAAUUUUGUUCUCUAGUUCCGUUCCAAUAUGACUGGCAUAGUGUGUCACGUCAGAACAAAAUAACUUAGCUGCGUAGUGUUAAAUGUAUAGUAUUGCUUUUUAUCAUAAAAAUAAUUUUUGAUUUGUAUUGAUAAUAGAAGAGAUGAUUCUAUUCCUUUUGGUUAUAAAUGAUUAAAAAAUAAGUAACAAAAAGACUUAAACAUAAACAUGAGAUAUCACUGAAUUGUAUUCAUAGUUAAACCGUGUAGACCUUCAUCGUUGUAGUAGCUGAAACUGGUAGAUAGGUGUUUGAUGCACAGUAACUAUCCACUAUCAAUUUCAACUAUCAAUCAUUGAGAUGGGGACGCCACCUAGGUACGUAUUUUAACCCAAAUAUGAGUGAAGGAUGAGUGUAGAAUGGUGUGUGAUGACCUGUGUAGCUUUGUUACUGACUAAGAUCAGCGGUUUCAUUAGUCAGGAUCAUUUAUUUAAAGCCCAAUGAUCAGGAACAGCUCACCAUCAAUGGUAACUUUACUUCAUCUAUGGUAACACAAUAGUAUAACCGCUAUUCAUUAAUAAUUGCAGAAAUAAUUUAUUAUUAUUUAUAAUUGUUUAUUAUCAUUAUUUGGCUAAAUAUUGAUAAUAAAUAAAAUGAUUUCCUGUAUAAGGGGAAAUUAAGGACCAUACUGUUCUGUCCAAAACACAAACACUUAACCUUAAACCUUGCUUCCAAUUA